AUGAAUCGGGAAUGUCGCGACCCUCCUAUCAUUCUCCAACGAUGGUUGGACUCUACUGCGAAGGAGAUAGAGAAGAAUUUGGUCGACUUGAUGAAACGACUCAGGGCUCAAAAUUGCAGAGCAGCCGAGGUCAUCACCGAGUACAAAUAUUCUGAGCACAUGCAUAAGCAUGAGCCAGUGCCACCUGUGAAGAGGCUCGUGAAACUUUACAAAUUUGCGAAGGAUGUCAGAAAGGUGCAGGCGGAGAUAGUACGCCUAAGCCUGAGCUAUCACUAUAUGAAGGAUAUUUACAAGAUGAAGACUCGUAUGGGGCAAGAUAUGAAAAGAUGGCAGGCAUGGCAAAGCAUUCAUUUCCCCAUCGACCCAAUGAGACACGAAAGUGUUUUGGCCAAUGCUUUCAAGAUCGUAAAGCUUCUCGACAAAUGGCUUGCCAUUAUUGUGGAAAAGCAAAGUGUCGUUGCAGACAUGCUACUCAGUUUUGAAGAAGAUAUGUGA